CUUUGGAAAGUCUGAGUACGGUAUUUCAGUUAGUCUUUUCAAUCGAUUCGUGCCAUCGUUACGCACACAAGUUACAAUGGUUUAAAUGUUGCAAUAAAAAGAAAACAAAUUAUAGAUGUACUACGGACAAAGUUCAUGGCAGAACGCUGGACAAAUUUGCGAGAUGCUGAAGAAACGAAAAUUAUAGAAGCUUCUAAAAGUACAGAACGAAAAGUAUUGAGAUAUUGGAUUGAUUUAAUAGCAUUAAAUGCUAUAGUGAACAUGCUUAAUCCGAUAAUAAGUGAAAAUCCAGAUAAUAACUUAAUAAUAAAUAGCUGGAUACCUUGCGAUAGGAACGUGCCUUCUUGUUUUUGGAUGUGUUACACGCAACAAGUCGUUAGCUGGACAAUAGCUACUAUUACUAACGUGUCUUCGUGCACCAUUAUUCUUAAUUUCAUCGAAAGAAUUUGCUCUCAUAUUCGAAUACUCCAACACAGACUAACGGCCUUGCCUGAGCUUGUACAAAAGGGGGUGAUAAAUACUGCCAAAGAUGAGUUGUUAUAUGUAAACGAAUGUAUUCUUGAUCACCAAAACAUCUAUACUGCUGUAAAGGAUAUAAGCAAAAUAUUUUACGCUAGUAUGGUCAUGCAAUUUAUUUUAAUUUUUUCUAUUUUGUGCACAAACAUAUAUUUUUUAUCGAGUCAACCGCUGUUUUCUAGUGCUUUUAUGGCUGUAGGUCUCUUUUUGUGCUGCAUGAUGUCGCAAUUCUUUCUCUUUUGCUGGUGGGGAUAUAAAUUAACACAAAUUGGUGAUGAGAUCGGUUAUACGAUUUUUUCUAUGAAUUGGCUUGUGCUUCAAAAGGAAACGAGAAAGCGUCUACGUUUUAUCAUGCUAGUUGCAUCAAAAAAUAUUACGUUAUUUGACAAUUUUAUAGUUGAAUUGUCACCUGCAAUGUUCUUAAAGCUACUGAAAAUUUCAUAUUCAGCAUUCAAUUUAUUACAAACGCAAAGCUAAACUAGCAUCAGAAAAUGUUCAAGUAAACCACCUUUGACUACACACGUUUCAAAUAUCGGGCGACGGUGUGAUCGGGAAGCAUUCGUUGGCGAGUCGUGCCGACUCCUUCCAACUUGAAGCCACUAAGGGGUGCACGAAGUAAGCCCUCAGGGCUCAAUCCCGAGGGAUAUCCAGCUGGAAAAGCACUCUGUAAUACUCCCACGUACUUCCCCUAUGGGUUGCAAUACCUUGCACCUAUGAGGCUUGAAGAUCAAAAGUUCACCGGGAUUGUCGUCACCAACGACCACCGUGAGCUCAUAGUUUGGGAAAGCAGGAGGCUUUCGCGACAAUCUCGGUAGACUUUUGAGCCCAUAAAGCAGUGGUCAUGGUUUUCUUGAGUCAUGAAGAUCUAAA